AUGGCGACUUCUUCUCUGUUACUUUCACCUCUCUCGUCUGGGACUUUUGAAAAUCGUGAAACGAGUAGCAAUAUAUUUUCUUCAUUUCUUCAAAGUCCGAAGCUCACCUUCACUGCUAAGCCCGGAAAAAGCUCGUUUCGGAGAUGUAAGUUUAAGUCCCCAGUAGCUCAGAAAUCACUUGACCACAUCCCCAAACAGUUCCGAGAAGAGAAUCUUAAAGAUGGAAUGAUGGACAACUACAAAAAUGCACCUCAGUAUCUUUAUGGUCUUACUCCUUCCCAGAUGGAUAUGUUCAUGACAGAAGAUAAUCCUGUCAGCCGACAGGCAGAAAAAGUCACUGAGGAAAGCAUCUCAUCUUCCUCAUGUACCGUGGAGGAGCUAGAGGAUAUGGAAGACCCAGAACUGCUCCUCCUGAUUUGCCAUCCUUGCUUCUAG